UCCGUGACUUGGAGUGUCUCCAGGGAUGAGGCAUCCAACAUCUCUCCGGUCAACCCAUCCCAGUGCCUCACCACCAUUACCAUAAAAAACUUUCUUCUUAUAUCCAGUCUCAUUCUCCCCUCUUUUAAUUUGAAACCGUUUCCCCUUGUCCUGUCACAACACACCCUGCUAAAGAGUCUCUUCCCUUCUUUCUUACAGUCCCUCUUUAGAUACCGACAGGCUGCUCCCAGCUCUCUCUGGAGCCUUCUCCAGCCAGAACAGCUCCAGCUCGCUCAGCCUGUAAAGGGUACCUUAAAAGACUUCACUGAGAUCAGAGCCAUACAGAUGGGACUAAAUCAUAGCUGUGAAACAGCUACCAAAUUUGAGUUUAUGUCAUGCUUAGAAAGAAUUGAAACUUCUUAGCUUACGGUAGAUUUAGACCUUAGCCAGCAAAACUCAUAACUGAAUUGUAGUCAUCUUCUGAAAUUCAAUAUUAAAAAUGUCUUUAAAUCUUUCUGUCUCUCUCUCUUUCUUUCUUUUUUUUUUUUUUUCUUUUUUUUUAACAACUUUUCCUCCUUGUUCUUCUUCAUAGCCCCACUCUGUAGCUCCUCUAGGUCAUUAGCUGCUUUUCUUGGUAAAUAAGCUGAGCACCAUGUACUGCAGAGCUGUAUGGUUAUUCUAGGACAGCAAACAGCCCAGUCUCAAGUGGUUACAAAAUGGAAGAUCCCACUCUGGCAGCUGAUUUGAAAGAGGUUUCAUAAAUUUUAAUGUGAGCUAGAGGCUGAUAUUCCAGUAAAGGAUAAAGAUCAACUUUUAAAUCUUAAUCUGAUUUGAAGGCUGGAGCACAGCUAUGCUGCUGCAGAAACACAUUUUUCUUUCCUUCUUGUUCCAGAGGGGAUUCAUCUGCUAAUGCCCUUUAGCUUUCCUCCAAGCUUCAGUUUAACUGUAUAGGGGAAGAGUUCAGCCAAGAUUCUGCCCAUUGUAACCUGAAAUUUUCUUCCUGAAAUUUGCCUCCUCUUCCUACUUCUUUGUAUAGGAGGAGGAGUGAAAACCAUUUGUUCCUCCUUAGUAUCAUAUAUAGUUAGCAAUGAAAAUCUUUUCACCUUAAUUCCCUGAGACUGUAGUAUGGAUCAUAACCUGCGUCUUUGUAAGCAGGCAUCAACUGAAUCACUAGUAACAUUCCAGAAUUCUUACCUUGGAAAGCUACAAAGUACUCCAGAACAGAUUAAACAUUUGAUUACAUCAGAUACUGACCAACAGAAGUUGUUAAAAACGUCGCAGAGAACUUCCACGUGUGUACUGGAAGGGGCCAGUUAUGGGCACUCAGUGCCCUGUAGCUACCAAUUUUGAAACAAAACAUUGCGUUAAAAAAAUGGAAUCAUAUGUGGAUUUAAUACUGAAUUUAUCCCCCUCUUGCAACUGCUUUUAAAUCUCUAUUAAAGGCAAUUUCCAGUGUAUGCCAGUUUCAGACAGGGAGGGGAACACAGCAUUGAGACCAACGUAGGACAUUGGCUGUGCUAGUUUAAGGUGACACGCAAGAGUUUGUUCUGUGUUGCUGUGAAUGUUAUGGCAUUGCGUCACAUCCCGAUAGCCCCGUGGGUGCCUAAUACAACAGUUCUGAAAGUGAUUCAGACAUGACAUAUCCCAGAGGUGUGGCACAAAGUGAGGUUUGGAAAUAAACCAAAUCUAGUGUUCUGCCACCCCACCAAUGAAAACACCAUCAGUUUAAUGAUAAAAGCCUUUGAAAAAGUUGAAAAUUGAUACCUUUUUUUUUCUUUCAAUGAGCCUAAAUCAUUCACUACCACAUACAAAUACCAGUGCUGUGUGAGAAACUGUCAUGCUUUUACCACAGUGCAAAGAUAUGUUUGGUGUGUCAUGUGCAGGUAAUGAGCAGGAAGUGCUCUCAGGAGACACGCAGUGCAUGUAUAUAAAUCUACUGUGCAGCAGAGCUGUGUUUUAUUAAAUGCAGGCAUUAAAGGAGUGAUGUGUUGGCUGCUCUUUGUGCUGUACACAUUCCCGAAUAGUUAGCUCAGCACUCCGUAGUGUACAAUUCUUUCCGCAGAAAUGUGAAAGCCGUCAAAACAUUUGCAUUGCUGCAAAAGAUGAAGCGCUUUAGGGUAACUUCAUUAAUUUCUCUUAGUGUUCUUUUGUUAGGCUGGGGAGAAACUGUUAUAAGUGAUGUCAAGCCUUGUUCAUUUAAGGGCACAAGGAAUGUUGGCGCUGUGGAAGAACCACUCAAGGCAGAAGAGAAAAAUAAAUCUGCAGAUAUUUCAAAACAAAAAGAACAAUGCCUUGUACCAUGUGAUGUUCAAGCUAAAAUUUUACGAGGGGAAAAACAGUAUAUGUGCAGAAAUUUGCAGAGCUCUCUUGUUGAAUAUGCAAGAAGCACAAAAAAACUGGUAAGAAACAUGAUGGAUGAUCAACAGUCUUCCUUGGAUUACCUUUCUAAUCAGGUGAAUGAACUCAUGAACAGAGUUCUUCUUUUGAAUGCAGAAGUUUUAAGAAAGCAUUUGGAUCCACUUCCUUACAAAACAGUUCAAUCUCAUGGGUUGGAUUGCACUGAUAUUAAAGAUACCAUUGGUUCAGUUUCAAAAACUCCAAGUGGUCUGUACAUUAUCCAUCCAGAAGGAUCAAAUUAUGCUUUUGAGGUAUUAUGUGACAUGGAUUUUCAAGGAGGUGGAUGGACUGUGCUUCAGAAAAGAACUGAUGGAAUCAUUACAUUUCAGAGAACAUGGUCUGAAUAUCUGGAUGGAUUUGGUGAUCUUUCUGGGGAAUUUUGGAUUGGAUUAAGGAAGAUUUUUUAUAUAGUAAACCAAAAAGCAACCACUUUCAGUCUUUAUGUGGAUUUGGAAUCAGAAAAUGACAAGCAUGCCUAUGCAUCAUAUGAUGCAUUUUGGAUAGAGGAUGAAGCAUGUUCUUUUAAAAUUCAUUUGGGACGUUAUUCAGGAAACGCAGGUGAUGCAUUCAGAGGAUACAGAAAAGAAGAUAAUCAGAAUUCGAUGCCUUUCAGCACAUUUGAUGUCGACAAUGAUGGAUGUAGGCCAAUAUGCAUUAUUAAAGAACAGCCUGUAAAGAGCUGCAGUAACUUCAGUGAUAACACUGGAUGGUGGUUCAACCAGUGUGGCCUUGCAAAUCUUAAUGGUAUUCAUCGUUACACAGGUAGAUUUCUUGCUACUGGGAUUCACUGGGAUACAUGGACAGUGAACAAUAAGCCAGUAAAAAUUAAAUCAGUCUCAAUGAAGAUUCGGAGGAACUAUGAUCCAUAUUUCCAUUAACCUAUGAAAAUAGAAAUGUUUCUAUUCUUGCUGUUAUGUGGGAUAAUGUAUCAAUGCAACAUUAACAUCUUUCAUUUUAAUUUUCAUUUAAACAGUUCAGUCUUAAAACUUUAUUAAAUUUUUCCAUAAUACAGUUACUCAUUUUUAUUAUGAAAUAUCAGCAUCUGUAGUGGUUCCUCUUGAGAAAGAAGGUCCUAAGGAAAGGAUUUCCAGAAAAACAAUGAAGCUCAGUGUUUACAGGCUUUUAUUUAGCUGCCUCAUAUAUAAGCACAUUGGCAGGUCCAGUGGAAAAGUUAUAAAAAGAGAAAUGCUGACUUUUGAAUGUAUUUCUUCUAUGUUCUCUGCAUAUCUAAAUUGCCAAGAAACUGCAGGAAAUUUUCUUUUAAAAAAGUAAUAGAUCAGUCAUUCUAGUAAUUACAUUUCAUAAAAAAUACCUUUUCUUCAUUUAAUUUUCCAGAACCAGCUUUUUAUACUGUAUCAGGCAAGAUAAUAUUAACUUAUGUUAGCACAUGUGUAAGGUCCUUACCUGUAAAACUUGUAAUACCUUCUUGUAUAAAAAAUGAUGCCCUGAGAAUACUGUCCAGACCCUGAGUAUUGUAUACUCUCAGGGAUUGAUUCUUAGAAAAAUAAGGUACAUUGCAAUAUGCAAGAGCUAUGGUCUAUUUUCUAUUUAAUUUUCAUAGUCCAUGCAUUUAAUGUUCAGGUUAAGAUUUGUCAUUUCCACAAUUCACUAAAAAUGAAUACUUUUUCUUCAAAGAGAAUGAAUGAUAUCUCAUAUCUUUGGAGUUUUUAUUUUUGGAUGUAUGGGCAUGAAAUUAUCUUUUUCAUUCUUACCGCUAUUCACCUUAUGAAUGUUCUUGUAAUAAUGAACAAAAGAUUGGAGUUGUAUAAUUGCAUUUUAAAUACGCAAUGUUAAAUGUUUAAAUUACUGUCAAUAAAAAUGGAGUAAUAUAAAAAACACGUGAAUUUUGUCAGUACAGCAGUGUUUGUGGAAACUACCAUCU